CGCGAGUCAAUCCAAUCAGUAAAAUUUGUUGACGGUGGUGGUGCGAAGGCCAAAAGGGGGUAAAACCUCAGUCUCCGUCUUUGAUUUUGGGGGGUUCCGACUUCCGAAACAAAAGAUGAGCAGAAGAAGUUUGAUAAAGCUUACUACCUUUCUCCUCCAGAAGAAGAAUCCCUUUUCCAGAAGAAGCGUUUCUUGUAAUUCACCAUCUUCUCACUAUGAUUUCCGUCGUCAUCAUCAUCUUCAAAUCCCCUACCUGAAAUCUCCUUCCGAUUCCAUUAUUAACUUUGAGAAGGCGGCUGCAGCAGCAAAUCUCAGGCGACGACUCUACUCGUCUGAAUCUACAAAUGAAUCUGAUCCCAAAUCUACCCCGAACCCUAACCCUAACCCCAGCCCCAAACCAGACAUGAAGCAUCAGGAGAUUGAGGGCCCUACCGUGGAGAAGGAUCUCUCUCCUCUGGCAAACGAAACAAGGGAGGUGACCCAUUCUCUACUGAAGACCAUGUACAACGUGAGCAGGCUCCUUGCUUUGCUGGGUUUGGCUCAUUUAGCCAUCGGUGCUUACUGUUACGCUUCUGCCUCCUCUGCUGCUACUGCUGCUGCUUCUGCUCUUGCUCUGAUGGCAUUUGGCUUUCCUUUUUCCAUGGCUUUUAUGCUCCGUCAAUCCUUGAAAUCUAUGCAUUUCUUCCAGAAGAUGGAGAAUAUUGGGCGCCUCCAGAUAUUGACCAGCUCCAUGCAAAUCUCCAAGCAACUCCGUAUCUUCUUCCUCCGACUCAGCGCAAUUUCUUACUUGUGUCUUGCUGGUUUGUCCCUCUCUUUAAUCUACUCUGUUUCAUCUUCUCUUUAAUUUUAUCACCCCCUUGUAAUAAAUUACAUUGUUCUACUCCUAUUGAUCUGCUUAAUUACAUUACUUUUAUUCCCUUUUAA